AGGGAGCGAGAUCGGGCAUGAGAUAAGUCCGCCUGGGGCAAUGCCUGGGGGCGGGGAGAGGCUGUCUGUGGGGCUCCCCGCCGCCUCUGGCUGUAGCCGUCUGGGGCUCCUGGCGUUGCCCCGGGCUCGCUGAGGCUGGGCUGGCUGUACCACCGCGCAGGUUGCCAAGGUCCCGUGGGGCUCCCCCCGCCAGAGGUUUCCGUGACAAGCUGGGGGGAGGGCUCCCCCCUCCCGGCCCCGCUGUUCGGCCUGAGCUGGGAGGGGAGCGGUUGGUUGCCUUGGCGUUGUCCCCUCUUUCAAACUGCCCGUCAGCCUCCCGUCCUUUCCGUCCUGGCGAAGGCCCCUUCCUGCCUCUGAUGGGUUCUGCACCCAGGGGAGAUUCUGGCUGCACAGCUGAGUGGCUGGCUCGGGGCUUGUCAGUAUCUUCAGAGACAGGCUGGCACAGUCACCCUUUGCACAUCGCAGGUGAUAUAAGAGUGAAAUUCCUUAACACAGGCUCCCUGUCAACACCUGUUACAUACACUCCCUGACUCUUCUGCCUUUGUUUACACUGAUCGCUUUCUGCCACUGAGACAGAUCUGGAGUGAAAAGCUAAAGAUGCUGCUGUUCUUCCGUAAAAGGAAACCCAGUGAUGAGGCCCGGAAGCGCCUUGAAUACCAAAUGUGCCUGGCAAAAGAAGCUGGUGCUGAUGACAUUCUUGAUAUAUCUAAAUGUGAACUCUCCGAGAUUCCUUAUGGCGCUUUUGCAACAUGUAAAGUUUUGCAAAAAAAGGUGCUGAUUGUUCAUACAAAUAAUCUAACAUCUCUGGUUCCAAAGUCCUGCAGUCUCCUGAAUCUCAUAACUGUGAAGGUUUUAGAUCUCCAUGACAACCAGCUGACAUCGCUUCCUGAUGAUAUUGGCCAGCUGACAUAUCUCCAGGUCCUAAACAUUGAAAGGAAUCUCUUAAAAUCUCUUCCAUGGUCUAUAGGGGACCUCGCCCAGCUCCAGACCCUCAAUGUGAAAGGUAAUAAGCUGAAGGAACUGCCUUCUACCCUGGGUGACCUGCGCAGCUUGCGCACCCUUGAUGUCAGUGAGAACCUGCUGCAGGAAUUGCCCCAGGCGCUGGCUCACAUCCGCACGCUGGAGAUUCUGACGCUGGAUGCUUCGUCCAUGACCUACCCGCCAUAUGAUGUUUGCAGUGCUGGCACAGAGUCUGUCCAGCAGUUCCUGUGCAAAGAGUCGGGAAUCAAAUACUGCCCUCCCUCCCAGUAUCUUCUUCCGGUGCUGGAAAGUGAUGGAGGAGAAACAUCAGUGGAUGGUGUCGACAGACGUGUGCAUAAAUACAUGGAGGAAGAGAGUGAGUGGCAGAACAAAUUCUUGGAUUAUGAGAAGAGGAAGGAAGAGAAGAUGCUGGAGAAGCUGGAUUUCGAGCGUCGCCUGGACAUGGGGCAGAGGGAGCAUGCUCAGCUUCUUCAGCAGAGCAGCAGUCAGAAGGAGGAGAUUCUGCAGACUGUGAAGAAGGAGCAGGUGAGGCUGGAGAAAGGUCUGACAAAGCAUCAGCGCAACCUGGAGGGAGAGCACCUGAAGCUGCUGGAGCAACUGAAGCAAACGGAGCAGGGCAUUGCCAGCCGAAUUCAGAAGCUUCUGGAGGAGAAUCGGAGGCAGAAACAAAGUUCAGAAAUUUUGAAAUCCCUGGAGAACGAAAGAAUAAGGAUGGACCAGCUGAUGGCAAUAACGCAGGAGGAGACAGAGCAGCUACGCAGAAGGGAAGUGGCCUCUGCCAUGCAACAAAUGCUGGCGGAGAGCUACAAGAACAAGCUCAUCCACAUGACCUCCGAAUCUCGAAGGCAAGACCUCGUCAACCAGGCCUGCUCCAGCCUGGCAGAGAUGGAUCAGAAGUUCCAACAAAUCCUGGCUUGGCAACAGCUGGAUCAGAACAAGGCCACUAGUCAGAUCCUGGAAGAGAGUGAAAUGCAGAAAGCGGCCUUUGAAGCCCUUCAGGUGAAGAAGGAUCUCUUGCACCGGCAGAUCAGGAACCAGAUUAAGUUAAUAGAAACAGAGUUAUUGCAGCUGACACAGCUGGAGUUAAAGAGGCAAGAACUGGACACAGAGACACUGCAGGAGGUGAUCACAGAGCAACGCCGAGCCCUGAGCUACAUGCUGCAGCAGCUGCUCAAGGAGAAGAAGCAAAGGGAAGAGGAACUGCAACAAAUCCUGCUGGAGAUGGAGGCAAAAAGUGAAACGAAGCAGGAGAACUACUGGCUGAUCCAGUAUCAGCGCCUGCUGAACCAGAAACCUCUCUCACUGAAACUCCAGGAGGAGGGCUUGGAGAGGCAGCUGAUAAACCUGCUAAUCGAACUGUCGGCUGAACAGUACGUACCAAUCUUUGCCCAUCAUCGGCUGUCGCUGGAAAUGCUCAGCACCAUGACCCUCAGCGACCUGGCAAAGAUUGGAAUCACAGAAACUGGCCUGCAGCGCGCGAUCCUCAGGCGAGCCCAGGAGAUCCUGGCUGUGGCUAAAACAAUCCCAGAGCUGCUGAAGAGCACUGAGACCAAGGGCCCUGCUGCCCCAGAGCCGAGCGCCCCCCUUGAAGAAACCCUCCCUUCUGCACCCCAGCUGGAGCUGGACGAGAGGAAGUCUGAGUGCGUGGUCUGCAUGGAACAGGAGGCCCAGAUGAUCUUCCUGAACUGUGGCCAUGUGUGCUGCUGCCAAACAUGCUGCGAGACCCUGCGCAUCUGCCCCCUCUGCCGCAAAGACAUCGUGCAGCGCAUCCGCAUCUUCCACAGCAGCUAGCCAGGGAGCAGCUGCUGGGCUCUUGGGGCUGGAGGGGCCAUCAGCUGGGAAGGCCUGCUGCCCAAGGCUCCUCGGAGGCCUGGGUGGGUGUCAGAUCUGCUCAUCCCCAUGCCACAGCGUAUCAACCGCCCCUCCCAAUGUCAUGUGUACACUUUGCACUGCUCAGAGCCUGUGACUGUGAGGCUGCUUUGGGGAGGACUGGAAUGUGCACUGUCCCCUCAUGUCCUGGGGGGGGGAGGGGUAACUCCGGGGCUGAAUGUUCUCAUAUGCUCUUGUAGGCAUGUUUAGCCACACCCCUCUUCCCCCCACAGUAACCCCUGCAAUCGCCCCCUGUGCUAUGCAGAUGGAAGCAGACGCUGCUGAGUGACUCAUGGUCUGUCUCAAGUCCCCAUGAGUGUCGGUGGAUUUCUGCCUCCCUUGCCUUGCCUGUCUGUGUGCUCCCAAGAUGCCUGGGGGGCUGCAAGCCCGUCCCCUCCCUGUCUAAUGUAUUUAUUUGCCUUCAGCAACAUGAUCCACUACACUGUUUCCUCCAAGCCAGAGAAGACUGGUUCAGUCAGUAGCUUCCUUUUGUGCUCUGAGUACCUCCCUUUCUGCAUGGACCCGGGCACUUGGGAAACCAGAGCUCCUCCAGGGGGUGCUGUUGCUGGGAAAGGACAAGCACUUGGCAGCAAGCAUGGGAUUCUCUGGGAGCCCUGUCAGGCCCUCACAACCCGACUGCUCCAAGCCCUCACACUCCUGCACCGGAGGGAUCUGACCCUUAACCAGCUGACCAUGCUGGGAGAACCAUGAUUAGCACCCCCAACACACACACUUUAACCCAGCUCCCAUUGCAGGGGGAGGGCCCGUGUGUCUGCUGGCAAGGAGCUGUCUGUCAGGUUGGAUCUGCUAGCUAGACAUAGUGGGGGCUGGUUCUGAAUUUAAGUGGCUGCUCCAGUCUUGCACCUUGGACUGCAGGCUGAUAGCGCAGGUCAGGCAUGGACUGGGAGGGCCCACUCCUGUCACUGGGUUUGGGGAGGGACAAACCAAGUAGCAUCCGGCAGCGAUGUGACUGGAGAACUUGCAGAUGACCCUGCAGGAUGGGGCCCACAGCUGCUCUGCACAGGUGGUCCCGCUGGAAUUGUGGGGCCAUUUGUCCAGCCCUGCCAGGUCCUGGCUGAAAAUAAAUGUGCAUCUCCGA